AUGUUUAGUCCUGACUUGGGAACAAGCCAGGAGGCCAGUCCCUGUGCUCCUCAGAGUCCCAGCCGGAGGCCAGUCCUGUGCUCCUCAGGAGUGCCCAGGCAGGAGGCCAGUCACUGUGCUCCUCAGAGUCCAGCAGGAGGCCAGUCCCUGUGCUCCUCUAGUCCCAGCAGGUGGCGUCCCUGUGCCUCCUCAGAGCUCCCAGCAAGGAGACCAGUCCCUGUGCUCCUCAGUCCCAGCAGGAGACCAGUCCUGUGUCUCAGACCCAGCAGGAGGGGCAGUCCCUGUGCCUCCUCGAGUCCCAGCUGGAGGCCAGUCCCUGUCUCCUCAGUCCCAGCAGGAGGCCAGUCCCUGUGCUCCUCAGCGUCCACAGCAGGAGGCCAUCCCUGUGCUCCUCAGGUCUUGCAGGAGGCCAGUCCCUGGUGCUCCUCAGAGUCCAGCAGGAGAACCAGUCCCUGUGCUCCUAGAGUCCCAGCCGGAGACCAGUCCCUGUGCUCCUCUGUCCCCAGCAGGAGGCAGUCCCUGUGUCAUCAGAGUCCAGGCAGGCGGCCAGUCCCUGUGCUCUCAGUCUUCGCAGGAGGCCAGUCCCUGGCUCAUCAGAGUCCAGCAGGAAGCCCAGUCCCUGUGCUCCUCUGA